UAUACUAAAUCAAUUCGACUCUUUCAUUUUCAUUUAUGAGCCUCAAAGCCACUCCUCAACUCCACUCCAAUUGAACUCGUCUCCCUGAAAAUGUUGCCUUGUCUCUUCUUCAUUUGAGGGCUGAAGCACCAGCUCUACCUGGGAACUUGCAACUCAGCUUCACAAGCAACGCUUCACAGCUUUUAUUUGUCCACAACGAGACAGUACUUCUUGUUCCAGAACUUUUUGUUUCUUCUGUUAAUUCCUUUUCGUCGCCUUUCACGAUCUGCAACCAAAUCUAGACAAAAAAUUUACUGCUGUUGGGUUCACUUAUGGAGUCCAUGCUGCAGAAAAAGCAAAGGCUUCUUCCAUGGUCACGCUGAUUUUGAAGUUUUGAGAAAGGCUUUUCUUUGUGGUUUAUACUGAGUCAUUUUUCCUAAAUGGGUUUGGGAUUAUUUGGUUCUGUUUUGAUUCUGACGCUUUUCUUGAAGCACCUUGCAUGCCAGCAGCCAAAUACCGAUGGAUUCUUUGUGUCUGAAUUCUUGACCAAGACAGGUUCAUCUUCAACUUUUUCCAAAUCCUACAACUUCUCUGGUUCUUUCUGUUCAUGGCAUGGUGUUCUCUGUGAUGCUCAAAAAGAACAUAUCGUUGAGUUCAAAGCUUCUGGGUUAGGCCUCUCUGGUCCUUUUCCUGAUAAUACCAUUGGCAAGCUCAACAAGCUUCAAUCUUUGGAUCUUAGCAGCAACAAAAUCACAGGGUUGCCUUCAGAUUUCUGGAGUUUAACCUCUCUCAAGAGUCUUAACCUUUCUUUCAACCAGAUUUCUGGUUCACUGUCAAACAACAUUGGCAAUUUUGGUUCCUUGGCAACCUUAGACUUAUCUAACAACAAUCUCUCUGAAGAAAUUCCUGAAACUAUAGGCUCCCUUGUCAGUCUUCGCUUCCUCAACCUUAGCCGGAACAGGUUCGAACAAACCAUUCCUUGGGGGAUUUUAAAGUGUCUGUCUCUUGUCUCAAUUGAUCUUUCAUCAAAUCGUCUAAAUGGGACACUUCCAGAGGGUUUUGGUGCUUCCUUCCCAAAGCUUCAAAUGUUGAACCUUGCAGGGAAUAGCAUUCAUGGUCGAGAUUUUAACUUUUCUGGGUUGAAGUCAAUUGUUGCUCUCAAUUUGUCUGGAAAUUUGUUUCAGGGUUCGCCCAUGGGUGCAUUUCAGGAAAGCUUGGAGGUCAUUGAUCUUAGUAAGAACCAAUUUCAGGGUCACAUUUCUCAAGUACAAUUCAAUUCUGACUUUAACUGGUCUUGCAUAGUUUAUCUGGAUUUGUCCGAGAAUCAGUUUAGUGGUGAAAUUUUCCAUAAUUUGAAUGAAGCCCAAAAUCUGAAAUACCUAAAUCUUGCGCACAAUAGAUUUACCAGACAGAAAUUCCCACGGAUUAGAAAGCUCUCUGUGCUGGAAUACUUGAACUUGUCUAGAACUAGCCUUGUUGGUCACAUUCCUGAUGAAAUCUCACAACUGAAGCAUUUGAAUGCUCUGGACAUCUCUAUGAAUCAUCUCACAGGGAGAAUCCCCUUACUGAGCAACAAAAACCUCCAAAUUCUUGAUCUUUCUGUGAACAAUUUGAGUGGUGACAUACCUCAAUCUCUCUUAGACAAUCUCCCACGAAUGGUGAAAUAUAACUUCUCAUACAAUAACUUCACCUUCUGUGAUUCAACAUUUACCCCUGAAAUCCUCAAGACGGCAUUCUAUGGAUCGGUUAACAGCUGCCCAAUUGCUGUAAACCCCCCAAUUUUAAGAAAAAGAGACACUGAUCGAAAUGGAAUGAAGCUGGCUCUUGGAUUAACUCUAGCAAUGGUCUGUCUUCUUGCUGGGCUUUUAUUUCUAGCAUUUGGCUGUAGGAGGAAAAGAAAAAUGUGGGCAGUGAAGCAAGCUUCAUACAAAGAAGAACAGAACAUCUCAGGGCCCUUUGAAUUCCAGACUGAUUCAACAACCUGGGUGGCUGAUGUCAAGCAAGCAACUUUGGUCCCGGUAGUAAUUUUUGAGAAGCCACUGUUGAACAUCACAUUCGCAGACCUAUUGUCUGCAACUUCAAACUUUGACAGAGAUACCCUUCUGGCUGAAGGGAAGUUUGGGCCUGUUUAUAGAGGCUUUCUACCUGGUGGGAUUCAUGUAGCAGUUAAGGUUCUGGUUGUUGGCUCUACAUUGACAGAUCAAGAAGCUGCAAGGGAGCUCGAAUAUCUUGGUCGGAUCAAGCAUCCCAAUCUUGUUCCUUUAACUGGGUAUUGUCUAGCUGGAGAUCAGAGGAUUGCUAUUUAUGAAUACAUGGAGAAUGGGAACCUGCAAAACUUGCUCCAUGACUUGCCACUUGGGGUGCAUAGUCCAGAAGAUUGGAGCACAGACACAUGGGAGGAAGAUGACAACGGUGGUGGGAUUCAAAAUGCUGGCUCUGAGGGAUUACUCACAUCUUGGAGAUUUCGUCACAAGAUUGCCCUUGGCACUGCUCGAGCACUGGCCUUUCUUCACCAUGGCUGCUCACCUCCAAUUGUUCACAGAGAUGUCAAGGCUAGUAGUGUUUAUCUAGACUACAACCUAGAGCCAAGGCUGUCUGAUUUUGGUCUAGCUAAGGUUUUUGGAGAUGGCUUGGACGACGAAAUUGCACGUGGCUCACCUGGUUAUGUUCCACCAGAGUUUUCCCAACCUGAACAGAACUCCCCAACACAGAAAUCUGAUGUGUACUGUUUUGGGGUUGUGCUGUUUGAGUUGAUAACUGGAAAGAAACCUGUUGGGGAUGAUUAUCAUGAUGAAAAGGAAGGAACUUUGGUUAGUUGGGUGAGAGGAUUGGUGAGAAAGAACGAAGCUUCAAGAGCAAUUGAUCAGAAAAUUCGCGACACAGGGUCAGAAGAACAGAUGGAGGAGGCCAUCAAGAUCGGUUAUCUUUGCACAGCUGAUCUUCCAUUGAAGCGACCUAGCAUGCAGCAGGUAGUUGGACUGCUUAAAGAUAUUGAGCCUUCUGCUAGUUAACUUAGUGAAGGAAAAGAAGAGAAGGAAUUGAGUUUGUUUUUGUUCUUAGUUUAAUUUUACCACUGGAUGGGAGUUUCCCAUGUGGAAAAUGUAAAGAAAACAAGUCUGAGAUUGUGUUGAUGUGUUCUUUUGAGAUUGAUAAGCUCUUCUCCUUUUUACCUACCCAUCUUUGGCAGAUGAAAGCUUUGAUGAGAAUACACUCAGAACGUGAUCUUUUACAUGUUAUUGCUUGUACUUGUUCAUUCACUUUAGUCAUUAAUUUAUCUGUUCCUUUGGUCUCCUCUUUA